AUGUCGCAGCCCGAGGUAUCGAUUGGAUGCCAAGGCAUUCCAAACUAUUCAAGAAUGGGCACCGUUGGAAAAAAAAAUUUACCCCACAGAGAAACGGUGCAAAAAGUUAAGGGCAGAACAUUUCAUUUGCCCCUGCCCCUUGAUGAAACUUUGAACAAAGUUUGUCGUCAAAUGGAUCCAAUUAAUCUCGACCACGAAUUUUACAUGCUGGUUCGUGGUAUCCCAACAAAAUCAAAAUUGGUUUGGGAACAACCGGUCGAUAUGAAUAAAGUGUGGGAAGCGUUAGUCUGGCUCAAAACAAAUAAUCCCCAGUAUUCGAAGAUCGAGCUGCCAGCAUCAGCUGAUCUUCUGCUGGCUCACAUGAAAGACGUAGAAUUUCAAAUACAAGACAAUCGAGAUACAGAAAUAGUUUCUGAUCAUGAAGACGAUCCUUUAGUUGAACGAAACAAGAAUCACGAUGAAAUAGAAGUUAACGAUUGUACAGCAUUACUCGCUCAGGCUUCGGCAUCGGAUGCGGUGUACGAACAGUUUACUGUAUAUACCAAGGUGUACGAAAAAAGAGAAAAUGAAACGGCGACCAACCUCUAUCAAAUGUUGAGAAUUCACGACGAGCCAUUAGAUAACCGUGAAAAAAUGAUAGAUUUGCAAUGUUUCCCGCACUUAUAUCCUUACGGUUGCAACGGACAACACGAAGAUAGACCCGAACGCCUUACUCAUUUCGAAUUUAUCGAAUUGAGACUUAUGUCAAAGCAUUCACAAUUUAGAACCGAUCAACAAUACCUUUUCUAUCUAUUGAACGAUGCUAAUAACAACAGGCAAUUGAACAGUGGUAUUUAUUACAAAUUAGAUAUUAUUAAUCCAAGAGAGCGAUUCACCGCAGCAAGUUAUUUAAGUAAGCUUUCAAAAAAAGAGUUGGAAGGAAAUUUAAAUGCUACAUUUGCAAGACUGCGUAACGCAGAGCAAUAUCGGAGUCAGCCAAGAAAUGGCGUAUCCUGCAUAACAUAUAAUUACGGAGCAGCGGCAUGGUUCCUCACAUUAAGUCCAAGCAAAUGGUUGUGGUCGGAUAUGACAGAAUAUCUACGCAAAGUCGGUGGCUCCUGCACCGCAAAGAUGUCACCUAGUCACUUGGUGGCCUCUGAUCCAGUGUCCGCAUCUAGAUUUAUUGACAAUCAGUUCAAGGCAAUGCUCGAUUUCAUAUGUUCUCCUGAUAAUCCCAUUGGAGAAGUAACACAUUUCUUUUGGAGGCGACAAUACCAAGGUAGAGGGAUGCAGCAUUUUCAUUUAAUGAACUGGAUCAAAGAUGCUCCGAUUCUUGAAACAUCUUCCAAUCAAGAGGUAGCAGACUUUAUUCUUAAAUAUGCUACUUGCAGAAUACCGUCUAAAGAUGUUUUACCAAACUUCUAUCGUCGUGUUAACACACAUCAACGGCAUACCCAUAAUUCCUAUUGCUUGCGAAGUAAAGCGAACAAACAUGGGAAAUCUGGAAAAGGGAUAUUAAAAAUUUUGAAUUUAGGAAUAUUCGUGGGACGUAACGAAGCCAAUAUUAACAACUACAACCCGGCAAUUCUUUCCACCUGGAAAGGAAAUAUGGACAUUCAGUUCAUUAGAGAAGAAUCUACACUCCCGCAUCCGUAUGUCACUAAAUACAUUACUCAGCCCGAAAAAAGCAACUCAGACACAACUUUCGAAGACAUGAAUUCCACGAAAUCUCUGUGUAGUCGUUUAUGUAAUUUUGCUUCACGCAUGUUAUAUCAUAGAGAAUGUGGAGCUCUUAAAGCCGCAGACACUCUAUUAGAAAUCGCUUUGUAUAGCACAGAUCCGGAAACUACCAUCAGGUGGAUUGACGUGAAAGUAAUCAGAAAUAGAAAAGUCAAAUCUCGUAACAAAAUCGAAGCCUUGGAGGCCGAUUCCACUGAAAUAUUUUGCGAUUCGUUAGUCGAUACGCAUCAUCCCGCACGACCAGAGGAAUUGGAAUCUACCAACCUCUACGAUUUCGUCCAAUGGUACGACACAACGAAAUACGAACCCAAAGCUCAGGAGAUCGAAUAUUAUCCGACAGGCAAAUCGCUGUUCUUAAAGAAGCGUAAGUAUCUAUGCCUUGUAAAUCACUACAAAAAUAACGUCAAUAUACAACCCGAGCGUUAUUUUUAUGCCUUGUUACUACUUUUUCAACCAUGGAGAGAUGUAGACGAACUCCGAAACGGCUGCGUACCAAUCGAGGCUGAAGGUGCGAUGAACGAAUUCAAAGACGCUGCUAAGAUGAUUGAAACCGUAGACGUUUCAAAAAUGAUGAGCAAACUGAACAUGGAUCAGAAACGAGUUUUUGAUCAAGUCAUCGAAGUGGUGAGUUCGAAUCAAACCCUACAUCUUUACGUCAGUGGAGAGGGUGGAACUGGUAAGAGUUUUCUCAUAAAAACCAUCAGAUUUUGGAUUAAGCAGCAUGCUAACAAAGAUGCUGCAAUAACCGCCCCAACUGGUAUAGCAGCAUUUAAUGUUGACGGAUUGACUCUGUCGGACGCGGUUCUCAAAACCAUACGGGACCAACUGAGAAACGUUGCCCUGAGAGUUUCGAUGAUUUCCAACGUAACGUUCAUGUACAUACAUCUUCGAUUGGUCGAAAUCUUCAAUACUGCAGACUGUGAAGAUGGUUGGUUUCGUAAUAAGCAUAUUCUCCUUUGCGGCGAUUUGCUACAAUUUCCACCUGUUCACGAGGGACCCUCGUUCACGAAAUUAUCGAACACCGAUGUCGAAAAACUUAUAGGCGCAAUGGCUAGUGUAGAUUUGUGGUGUAAUUUAUUUACAUGCGAUGAACUCACUAUCAACAUGAGACAAAAGAACGAUCAAACGUAUCGCGAGAUAUUCUCAAGAAUACGCCUUGGGAUUGUAACUGAUUCGGACACGAAAAUGUUGUCAUCGAGGAAAAUCACAUUCAAAGCAAUUGAGUUCAAAGACCGAAUACGAGAACUUUGCUACUAUAUCAAUAAUUUACCCAUCGACACAGUCUGUUUACUUCCUACGUGUCGCAUGUGUGAUGUUCUCAAUGAAGCUAUGUUGAGUGAAAUUCAGACUGACGAGGUACAAUUAUUGGCUCAUGAUACAGUUGACAAUUCACCGUACUUCAAAAAAAAGGUUCAGAAAAUAUUGAAUACGGAUGACGAAGACAGUUUUCGAACCGCAGGUCUUGCAAGAAUGAUUAUUGUAAAAAUUGAUUCGAAAAUAAUGAUAAGAAGGAACAUUGAUGUUACGUUAGGCCUCGUCAACGGCACUAUUGGUACAAUAACGGCAAUAUCCUGA